ACCAAAAUAAUUACCAUUCGUCAAAACAUAUAGAUAUAACAAAAGUCAAAGGCGAAUACAUACAAAACAUAAACCAAUAUAUAUGUAUAUAUAUGACCUAUUCUCUUAUAUUUAUACUUAAAAAAGUCAAGAGGCAAACACGUAGACAUGACACUUCUCUAUAGCUUCUUCAAUAUCUACUCCACUCUAUCUUAAUUCUUUCAUAUCCUUUUAUUUCAUAUAUACCUUAUUCUAUCUCUUAUCAUCAUCAUCAUCAUCUCAUUCAUAUAUAUAUAUAUCUAUAUAUAUCAUCACUUGAAACCCUAAUCUUGUUUCUCAUCAGAUAAUGCACACCCUUUUCUCUCUUCUUCCCUAAUCAACACUCCUCAAAACCCUAGCCAAUUCUCCACAUACAUAUCUCAGUGCACUAACACUUAUAUAUUUAUAUACAUAUACAUAAUCUUAUAUAUAUGGUAUGGAGUUAUUAGAAGAAGUAAUUGGUAGUGGUAGUACUAGUAGAGAUUGGUCAUUAUCAUCCUCAUCAGGGUCAGGGUCAGAAGAUGAGCUGGUGAGAGAGCUUUUGGAUGACGUGUCACCAUUCUUUCUGAUACAAGAAGAGUCAACUACUCAUAAUAAUAAUCAAAAUGAAUUAUUAGAUGAUGGUGAUGAUGAUGAUGAUGGUGUUAAUAUUAGUGAUCAGGAAGUUGUAACGAAGAUCAACUCGGCCAAUAAGUUACUCUACUCAGGCCCAACUAUUCAAGAUAUUGACAAUGCUUUGUCUGUCACAGCUCCAAAAUCCCAACCCCAUCAACAACUUUCUUCUUCACCUGCUUUCAGGAAUUCAAUAUUGGAUAGAGGCCUGGGAUUGAUGAGUAGUAAGAGUAUUGAUAAUAAGUAUACUUUGAAGAUUAAGAGCUCUGCUACUAAUAAUGGAAUGACUGAUGAUGGAUAUAAAUGGAGGAAGUAUGGACAAAAGUCUAUCAAGAACACUCCAAAUCCUAGGAGCUAUUACAGAUGCACAAACCCAAGGUGUAAUGCAAAGAAGCAAGUGGAGAGGUCUGUGGAUGACCCAGACACACUUAUCAUCACCUAUGAAGGGCUUCACCUACACUUUGCUUACCCAUUCUUUGUAUUGGGCCAAGCCCAAGACUCCAAUCCAGUAGCAAUUAAGAAGCCCAAGAAGAGCACCUUCCAAGCCCAAGAGCAUGAAGCCCAACAAACUCAAGAAUCAGCCCAAGUAUUGGACCCAGCGGGCUUGGACACAAGCAGUGCUUCUAUGGGCUUCAGUCAAGAAUCAGCCCAGGUAUUGGACCCAGUGGGCUUGGACACAAGCAGUGCUUCUGUGGGCUUCAAUCAAGAAUCAGCCCAAGAAGAAAGGACCUCCCAAGGGUUGCUUCAAGAUAUGGUGCCACUGAUGAUUCUUAAUCCCUCUAGCAACAAUAUCAACAAUAAUAGUAAUACGUCGUCGUAUUCAUCUUGUUCGUCUAAUAGGUCACCUCCAACUUCACCUUCCUCAAUGUCAUGGUCUCCAAACUAUUACACUUCGUGUUUUGGUAUUUGAAGAAACUCUAGCAAUUAGGUCAUAUAUUCACUAGUUUGAUUGAAUCCCAAAAUCUCUAGCUAGCUAAUGUUUAUUAUUAUUAUUAUUAUUACUAUUAAGUAUAUAAAAAAUGUGAACUAUAUAUAGUGUAUCAAUUAUCAAUAAGGAAAGUACUGUUCUUAUUAGCCAAUCAAGAAGAAAAA